CCUGGCCAACCGGGUUCACCUGGUGCUGAUUGCUUCACUGGUGUUGGUGAAAAAGGCAUGCCGGGCCAGAUCGGCAUGCGCGGACCUCGCGGUCCACCGGGUAAAAAUGGGGAGCAUGGGCCCUGCGGCCCACCCGGAGAUGAAGGACCGGAAGGGAUGCCUGGCAUGGAUGGACUUCCCGGAACGAACGGAACUGAUGGACCGCAAGGAGAAGCUGGACACCCUGGCGACGACAGCGGUUACUGCCAAUGCCCGGAUCGUGAAGAAAUAGAUACUUUGCUUAGAUCUGCUCUAUGGUAG